ACAAGAUGCUGGACUGGGUGGACCUUUGUCCUGAUUCGGUAGGACUUCAGUCUCUUGUUAUUAAGUGCACCGCGAACCAAAAAAGUUUGAGAACCACUGGACUACUGUGACUCGCGCAACGAACCACCUCGGUUUCCACAGGACUGUGCCCGAGAAAAGAUGCCAGCCCAGCCGGCUCCGUCUGCCGAUUACUACUGAUUCAAGCAGCAGCUCGCGCACCCUCUCCACUCCUUCCCGCGCCGUGGCAGCCCCUCGUCUCCGUGGGGUGGGGCGUGCCCGAGAGUUGGGAGUCUGUCAAUUGAUGAGGUGAAAUAUCUGCCUCUUCUCUUUGCUGAAAGUGAAAUUGAUACAGAACAUACACAGAACCUGAAGUUUUUUCGAUGUAAGUGCUUAACUUCCUGUGAAAGGACAAUGUCUAGCUCUGUUGAUGAUGGUAAUAACCCAAAUUCAGUCAACGCCAGAAGUAUCCCAUUUCAUUCCAUAGCUAAUGCUAAAAUGGGCUUUCCGCAGCCCAACAAUACAAGAAGUGGAGCAAAGCAUUCAAUUCAGAGACUCUCUAGAGUGAACCAUCCAAGAGUGGAACAAGAAGCAAGUAUCGCAGUUGAACCAACAAGCAGAAGAUGUUUAAGCAGUACCUAUAUAUCAAAAUUAGAUAAUAAACUACUUGAGAGUACUAGCAUCCCUGAGAUACAGAAACUCAAAAAUGUUGUAAGCUGGUCAGAAUUGCUUCUUGAUACAUCCCCUGUUGGGGAUAACAUACAGGAAACUGGAAAAUCUACCUUGGAACAUGAUGAUGACACAGUAAAAGGAAUGGUUCAAAAUAGCUGUGACAAACAUACCAUAAAUAAAAGUGCUGACAAUUUUGAAGUGACACUAUUACAUACACACGUUUUAAAUCAUUCUUUACCUUCUGAAAAUAACCCAGAGAAUGCCAAAAGAUGGACUGCUCCUGUUUUGUUGAGUAGCAAUACAUUAUCUCCUUCUAGCAACAAUUUAAGUCCUCCUCAAACAGCCAAGCAUGAGAGAGAAGGAAGAGAUACUAUGGUUUCCACCAAUAUUUUGGAAGAAUGUGAGGUUCAUGAUCACAUGCAUAGUAGCAUAAGAGAAGCCAGCUUUCAAAAUGCCCAUAUUGUGCACAAGCUAAAUGAUUCAUGUACAGUAGGCUCGCAUAAAAAUGAAACUUAUUUUUGGGCUCCUCUCAAUGAUAUUUCAGAUGAGGAAUUAGCACAUGUGAAGAUAAAUAGUCUAAAACUACAAGAGAGCAAGGAACACACAAGUGCUCUUAACAGUGCUACCUUUUUCAAGCCAGAAAACAUUAAACUUUUCAAUUUAUCAGUGCUAGGAGGCAGACUGCCCCUCACAAAAAGGUCUGACAGCUGUGAAAAAUGGAAUCCAGGAACAGAGAACCUCUUGGAGAUCAAAGAAUAUAAAUGCAAGGAUUUCAUGUGGACCCUCAAACCUGAAAACCCCAGUGGGACCAAUGAUAUCAGAGAGGCUGCAGAUGGAAACAUCCCUUUUGAUCCUGAGUUAAAAAAAGAUGCACCAAGGGAUAGGAAAUCAGGUUUUCAGCCUUCAAAGAAACCUACGGAUCAGAGAAAUGAGCCUAAAUCUGAGCAUAUACUGAGGAUGGAUAAAACUCUUGAAAGGAAGAAAUAUACCAGGGAGGAACAAGCAAAUAGUAGAUCUAAUGGAAAUGACUUUAACGGAGAAGGAAGGGAAAUGGAAUUAAAGUCCCUGAUGAAAGAUCGAGCCAUGCAAAUUAACAGUUUCUGUAGGAGCCCAUUAUUGAAGCCUUCAGAAAAUAGUACUUGUCAAGUGGAUUCAGUCUGUUUGAAUUUCAGUUAUAAAAGCACUAAAUUGGAUGGUAAUAGUGACUGCAGUUUGUUAGACACAUUGCUCCAGUUUAGUGAUGAUACUGUGGCAUGUAAGUCCGAUACAGUCCCAAGAUAUAUGCAAGGUGAUAUACGUGAAAAUAUUUCUGAGGAUGUUGUCAAAUCUGUAGUAGGUUCUCAAAAUGAUAAUGAAAAGUUUCUUGUACCAAGAGUGAAAGUUGAUGGUCACAAGAAGUUUGGGGAUGAUAAAUUCCAGUUUGAUUCCAACCACCACAAUAGUGUUUUGGCUAAAUAUUACUUCUAUGUGAAUUGUCUCAGUAGUUCCAAAAGGCUUCAACACGAAAAUGGGAACCAUUUGCUCUCUUGUCAACAACGUUUUGGAUUUUCUAAAGAAGCAAACAUUUCUGCAGUCUUUCACCAUAAGGGUGGUAAUUUGUAUGAGCAUGAGGCUACUGACCAUACAAACAAUGAAGUAAGCUGCUGUGAGGAUCAGAGGACUGAGAUUAUAAAACAUCAGAGCCAUCCUAAAGAGGAAUCUAAGACUUUUUUUGCAACUAGCAGUCCCAAGCCUUUGUCUAAUCUCUUAUUGACUAACGAGAAAAAAAUGGAGAACUCACACACUUUGCAAGGCAAGAAAAUAUCUGGGGCCAUGAAAAUUAGCACAAAUGUGGCUGGUCCUAAGAGGUGUUGGAAGAGAUCCAGCAUUGCAUGGUCAUCUUUCACACAUGGAGAACUGAAGCCAAGUAGAUCACAGCACGUGCAAAGACCAGCAGUGACCAAUGAAAGAAUAAGAAAAGGCAGCUCUAAUUCUCAGAGUUGUCCAUCUUCAGGCUGCAUCCCCUACAGACAGGCCAAUGCACAUUCUAUCUCUGAAACAACUGGAUCAAAUAAAAAUCAGAGGAAAACAUCUAAUGAUCAGAACACAAGGAAAAGUUUUCUUAAAAAUGUAAAUGCAUGGACAGAAUCCAGGCAGCAGCAUGAAACUGCUUUUAAAGGUUAUGAUGACAUAAAUAUGAAAAGGUAUAGUGACACGAAGUGCUUGCCAUGGCUGCUGCUUCCUGAUGAAUUGUGGCUUUGCAUCUUCUCGCUGUUGACUCAUAAAGAUAUUUCUCGGGUUUCCCAAGUAUGUCACCAUUUUUAUCAGCUUGCAGGAGAUGAAUCCUUCUGGAAGGCGAUCCAGCUUACAAACUGCCACUGCUUGAAUGAUGACUGGUUGAUCCACUUAGGGAAUCGCCAUCCCCAGCGUUUCACUCUUGAUCAUUGCCAUGAUGAUUCCUGGAAAAUUACUGAUGUGGGAUUAAGACAGUUCUUUCAGCACUGUGAAAGGUCGCUCAAGGAACUGAACAUAAACAGCUGCAGUGGUCCUGGCUUUAGAGGGGACAGAGUUCUAUUUCACGCAAGUGCCUUUUGCCAUAACCUGUCAAGCGUCGAUAUAAGCUGGACUGGAGCUACUGAUUCAGGACUCAUUGCCUUAGUAAAAGCUUGCAUAAGCUUACAGUGCCUUUCUGCUAAUGGAAGCCAUAUUACAGAUGAUUCCAUAACUGCCUUGAUUGAAAAGCAUGGGAAAAGCCUUAAGAAGCUGGAAAUAUUUGGAUGCUAUGCUCUUACUGCCAAAUGCCUGAGAUCUGUGGCUAUGAAAUGUCCAGAUCUAAAGAUACUAAAUAUUGGGAGAAUUCACAAGAUUACUGAAGACUGCUUGACACAAGUCAUAAACUCUCUGAAAAAACUAACUAGUAUUAAUAUUACAGGGCUUAAUAUGGUGAAUGAUAGUGCCAUUCAUUUUAUUGUGAAGAAAUGUCCUGAAUUAGAAUGUCUGGUUCUCAGUUCUUGCUCCCAAGUAACUGAUAUCAGUCUAAUGGAAAUCAGCACUUAUUUACCAACAAUCAGGUACCUGGAUGUUAGUGGCUGUAAAGAGGUUACUGACAUUGGAGUUCAAGCUUUGGCAGGGAGCUGCCAAAAGCUUUCUUACCUUGAUUUAAGUUCUACUGCAACAAGCAAAAGAGGGGUUUGCUUGCUGGCUAGCUUCUGCUUCAGGACUCUGGAGUGUGUGAAGCUUAGUUUCUGCAAAGGUAUCUCCCUGGAUGCAAUUGUGAAACUAUGCAAAAACUGCAAAAGACUGAAGAUACUUCAUUUAUAUGGUUGCUGCUUUGUGCCUGAUCUGGAAUCCAUUGAAAAAAUCAAUAAAAAUGUUGAAGUGUGUCAUGACCUGCCAGUCCCAGCUACGAAAUUGCAAUCUGAAUGAGGACAAAGAGACGCUCUAUUAGUUCUUCUUUUACAUACUUCAGAGUUUUAUUCAGAAGACCGUACACACAUUUUUACUUGGGCAACGUCUAGGAACCUACCUCUACUUAGCUUUAAUCCAGAUACUAACUUUCUCUGUUGCCAUCUUCAGUAUCUAUGAAAUGCGGGGGGGGGAUAACCUUGUCUAGUUUGCAGGGCUGUUGCAAGAGAUACAGUUUAACAUAAUAUGAAAAUAAGUACACUAAACUAGCUAAAUAUUUGUUCAAGUGUAUGCCUUUCUCAUAUUUCUUCUGAACAUUAUUCAUAUUUUAAUGUUCUUUGUCAAAAAUGUCAAUGCUAUGUGGGCCCCUAUGAGCCUGCCCACACAUUAAGAUAAUUCAUAAUGCCCUGCUGUCUUCCAAACCCGUAUUUGAUUUGGACAAAGGAAACAGCUUUGUCUAUGAUGCACCUAGAUUUUGAAUUUCACUAUCUAUUGGGGUCCAUCUUGUCCCUUCUGUUCAGGAUGUCGUUUGGUCUUUAAAGCAGGGAUAGUGAACCUGUGGCCCUCCAAGUGUUGUUAGACUACAGCUCCCUUCAUUUCUGACCAUUGGCUGUGCUGGCUGGGGCUGAUGGGAGCUGAAGUCCAACACCACCUGGAGGGCCACAGGUUCACUAUCCCUGCUGUAACGGUUGGAGUGAAUUACUUGUCUUUCUUAUACUUAGUACAUAAACUGUCUGGUAGAUAAUUCCUUCCACAGAUUUCUAUUAUUGUUUUUUACCUGCUGGUUUAUUAUUCUGGUUGAUUUUUUUAAAAUUAAAAAUUGUGUUUUAUGA